UGGGAACACGCGAGCCGUCGCCGCGCUCCCCAAACAGCCGCCUGCCCUCGGCCAACCGUCCCCAACGGCCGCCCGCGCGCGGCUCCCGGGCCCCCUGGCUCCUCCCCUCUGGCCCCUCCGAGCGCUGGGGUGCUUCCCUCCCCGCCUCCUCGCACUCCCACCUCGCGGGCACGCCGGUGGGCUGUGCCGCCAUGCCCCAACCACAGGCUGCUCACGGGCCUAGGCGCGGCGGCCCGAGAUAGGGGCCCCUGAGCCUCCCGGGGGAGGAGAGAGGCAGCGAGCCGCGCGCUCCGCCCCCUCCCCCCGGGCCGCCGCCGCCGCCGCCGCCUCGCCGCCCCAGCCUGGCGGGAGAAGGAGGAGGAGCAGCAGGCCUCCGGGCCCGGCGCCGCCGCCCGCAGGACAUUUCUGAUUCAUUUGCAUCCUUGAAGAGCAUCUGUAGAAGAGGAAGUAAAAGAUGGGUGUGAAAACGUUUACUCAUAGCUCCUCUUCCCACAGCCAGGAAAUGCUUGGAAAGCUAAAUAUGCUGCGAAAUGAUGGACAUUUUUGUGAUAUCACUAUUCGUGUCCAGGACAAAAUCUUCCGGGCACAUAAGGUGGUACUAGCAGCUUGCAGUGAUUUCUUUCGCACCAAACUUGUAGGCCAAGCCGAGGAUGAGAACAAGAAUGUGUUGGAUCUGCAUCAUGUUACAGUGACUGGCUUUAUACCUCUUUUAGAGUAUGCUUACACAGCCACUCUAUCAAUUAACACAGAAAAUAUUAUUGAUGUUCUAGCAGCAGCCAGCUAUAUGCAAAUGUUCAGUGUUGCCAGCACUUGCUCCGAGUUCAUGAAAUCAAGCAUUUUAUGGAAUACACCUAACAGCCAACCCGAAAAGGGUCUAGAUGCUGGACAAGAAAAUAAUUCUAACUGCAAUUUUACUUCUCGAGAUGGGAGCAUUUCUCCCGUGUCCUCAGAGUGCAGUGUGGUAGAAAGAACGAUUCCUGUCUGCCGAGAAUCCCGGAGAAAGCGCAAAAGCUACAUUGUUAUGUCUCCUGAAAGUCCUGUAAAGUGUAGCACACAAACAAGUUCACCCCAGGUAUUGAAUUCUUCAGCUUCCUACUCAGAAAAUAGAAACCAACCAGUUGACUCUUCCUUAGCUUUUCCCUGGACUUUUCCUUUUGGAAUUGAUCGAAGGAUUCAGCCUGAGAAAGUUAAGCAAGCAGAAAAUACCCGGACUUUAGAAUUACCUGGCCCAUCUGAGACCGGUAGAAGAAUGGCUGAUUAUGUGACUUGUGAGAGCACAAAAACUACCUUGCCUUUAGGUACCGAAGAAGAUGUCCGGGUCAAAGUAGAAAGGUUAAGUGACGAGGAGGUCCAUGAGGAAGUGUCCCAGCCUGUCAGUGCAUCUCAGAGUUCCCUGAGUGAUCAGCAGACAGUUCCAGGAAGUGAGCAAGUCCAAGAGGACCUUCUGAUUAGUCCACAGUCUUCCUCUAUAGGUUCAGUAGAUGAAGGCGUUUCGGAGGGGUUGCCUACACUUCAAAGCUCGUCUAGCACUGCCGCUCCUCCAGAUGAUGACGACCGAUUGGAAAAUGUUCAGUAUCCCUACCAACUCUACAUUGCUCCUUCUACCAGCAGUACAGAACGACCAAGUCCAAAUGGUCCCGACAGACCUUUUCAGUGUCCAACCUGCGGGGUGCGUUUCACCCGUAUUCAGAACCUAAAGCAGCACAUGCUCAUCCACUCAGUAAUUAAACCAUUUCAGUGUGACCGCUGUGGGAAAAAGUUCACCAGGGCUUACUCGCUAAAGAUGCAUCGCCUAAAGCAUGAAGUGAUUUCCUAGUACCGGACUACUUAAACCAGGAACAAGAAGAGACCCUUGUUCAAUAUGAUCUUGGAGAACACGGUUUUGAAAGCAACUCCUCUGUUCAAAUGCCUGUAAUUUCACAGGUCUCCUCAACCCAGAAUUGUGAAAGCACUUUUCCCUUGGGGUCUCUUGGUGGGCUGGCAGAAAAAGAGGAAGAAGUGCCAGAGCAGCCAAAGACCAGUGCUUGUGCUGAGGCAACCAGAGAUGACCCCCCAAAAUCAGAGCUGUCUUCUAUAACUAUUGAGUAAUUUUGUGAUUUGGCUUCAGUUUUGUUUUUUGGAAAGUGCCUGUGCUUGGUCUUGUACAUUUAAAUUUAAUUUAAUUUUUUAAACAAAAAAAGCCGGGUGGGAGGGAGGGAGAGAUUGGGAAAGCAUUUCCCUUUUCACUUGCUGAGCCCUGAAACUGAUUUUAUUUUUCAUAACUGAGAGAUUGCUUCUGUAAGUACACAAUAACAUGAUGUUGAAACAGAAACUAUGAGACUUAAGGAGAUCUGGUUGACUUAAAACUUAUACCAGUUUCUUCUUCCAUUGUUAAAAGUAGGCUAACAACAGACCAUUAGCUAGAGAGGAAAUCUGAUGAUUAUUGACCUUCCUGAGUUGAGAGGGUACAUGAGAAACUAAUUACUAAACAGCUUGUCAAAUGGCCUGAGUAGAUACUUAACGGCUGUACGCAGGACAUUGUAUAAUAUUUUGUAAAACCUGUUGUUUUUGGAAGUAUUUAUGGUAAGCUUUCUUAAAAAUUAUUAGGGUAAAUACUUCUGAAAUCCGGCACACUUUUUUUAUUUUAAGCUUUGUCAUUUCUGUUGUGAUUUUUCAUGGUGAAAGUUUGGUACUGAGAUGGGCAUUCUCUGUACCUUUAUAGUACCACUCCAAAGGCAAAGAACCAUGAUUGACAACAGUCAAGCUGUGGAUGAAAUGACCAGGAACGGAGAAUGAAGUAUGUAAAUCUCAGCUUCGUAGGAAUUCUUCUUAUAUUGCUUUUCUGAUUAAAAUUGCUGUUUACCUGGUCUCUGAAUGUUAAUGCCUGACCAUGUCAUUGCCCGAAUCAGUUUUCCCCUUGCCCGGUCAAUAUGGUCUCUUGCAUAUAUUGGCGUGCUGCCAUAUAAAGUAAAAAUAUUGGAGAUAUUCUAUAUUUUAUGUAUAGGUUUAUGUAUUGUUGGGGAUGUUUUCAUUGUGCUCUUUUGGACAUAAAGAAGAAUUCUCGGUUGAGGCUACAUCUUUUUUUUUUUUUUUUUUUUUUUUAAGAGGAUGGCAUCUGUUGCCCAGGCCGCAGUAUAGUGGCUAAGUCAUAGCUCACUGCAGCUUCGAACUCCUGGGCUCAGGCCAUUCUGUCUCAGCUUCUUGAGUAUCUAGGAUUAUAGGCAUGCUCCACCACACCUGGCUGACUUCGUUUUUAUUUUUUGUGGAGACAAGGUUUCACUAUGGUGCCCAGGCUGGUCUUGAACUCCUCGGCCAAGUGAUUCUCCUCCUCUGGCCUCCCAAACUGCCGGGAUCACUGCACCAGCCAAGGCUACAUUCUUAACCCAACUAGAUUGUUUACUGAAUCCCAUAUGACAGCGAUACAUUGUCCCUACAUAUUUUUAGACAUUGCAAAGUUAUUAAAAACAGUUACUAUCGUUUUUACACAAUGUAGGCAACAAUGUAAAAGAUGAAUAUAGACUGUAAGAUUUUCAUCUAUGACUUACAAAUCUGAGAGAAAAAAGAAAAUUGUUAAGACUAAUGAGAAAAUGAAAACCUUAAACUAAUGAAUAUUACCAUUUCUGCUGCUGAAAGUGUGAAACUUUUCUGGUCUGGAGUUGAAAUUUAUAUGAUCCUCUAGACGGGUAUACUUUUCAUCUGGUGCCAUUAAAGCGUCUCUAAUACUGAUCCUAAAUAUUUGUAAGUCCAUGAACAGUGAACUUUGGAAUGAGUUUCUGUGUAGAUACCCAAAGUUUAAUAAUUAUGAGAGCACCUGAUUUGAUUAGACAAGAGACAGAAAAUACAGUUCUUUAGUCAAAACACAAGAUCUGAAUUUUGUUCAGGUGCUAGACCAUACUAAAUGUAUAUAUUUUUAAUUACAGUGAUUCGUUUCAAUUUUUUAGAUUGGCUAAUUCUGUAAUUUUUUUCCCCAAAAACAUGUGAAGAAAGGAAAAGUAAAUUAAAUUCCUUAGAACUGUUUUAGGUUAGGAUUCUCUGUCUCUGCCUAUAUUCUGCAGUCCUUAACUUGUUUUCAGUUCUUUACCUCACUCAUGAACUUGUUUUUACCCAUGUGCUCCCAAACAGAGGUGUGUUCUCUUCAGGAGAACCAGCAUACACAGGUUGUGAUAGGCUGCCACUGUUUAUGCUUCUUCACUGAUAGGGUUGAAUUGCUUUCUGCAGCAGACUAGAAUACUUCAUAUAGUAAUGCUGUGUCUCCACUGGAGACGUCAGGAAUUUUAAUGUCACGUUGUGGUCUUUAAAAACUGUUAGGCCUACCAAUAGAUAAAUCUCAAAAUUAAUUCUAAAAUCUGUAUUGACAAGAAUAGGUAAAAUUAUCACCAGGAAUCAUUGUUACCGUUAGUUCCAAGAGGUUUUUUUUUGUUUUUGAAAGAGCAAGAGGAAAGAAAUAAGAAUAAAGAAAUGUAUAAGAAUGGUUUGCAGAUUUAUUGGUUAAAAGUGUUUUUUAGUACAUCCCUGACCCUGAAAACUUCACAUUAAGAGAUCCAAGCACAGUUUUGGUAGCUCUAAGAUAUUCUGUGUUCUCAGAAUGAAGGAUUACCCAUCACUGGGUAUUCCUUCCCAAGUAGAAACUUUAGAUUUUCACUGGUAAUUACAAAUUGCCAAGUUUUAUGGGAAAUCUGAAUAUACUGUGAAAAUUCAUAUCUGGUUAGUUAUCUGCUGCCCAGAUCUUAUCAAUACCAGUAACUAACCAGAAUUUACCAUAAAAUGAUACAAACAAAGGCCUUUUUCUAUUUCAGUGAGGGUACAUUUUUCUUGAUACAUGUGCUUCAAGGAUAUUGGAUCUGUUUAUGGAUCUGUUUUAGGAAACAGAUUUGCAAGGGAUAAUUGUAUAUAUAGUAGUAUUUAGAUUUAUUUCAAAUUCAUCUUAGGGAUGCCUAGAUGCAUAAUUUUUAUCAGGACAUAUUGAAAAUAUUGCAAAGAGAUAGCCAGUUAUAUUAUCCCAUUCAUUAGAAGUUACCAGUAUAACUAAACAUAAAUAUUCCAGUUUAGAGUACUUAAACGUAGCUAUCUUUCUUAAAGCCAGGAGGGUAACUUUGUGGUAUCUAAAGGGCUUAAAUUUCAGAAUGCAGAAUAAAUUGCCUUUUUAAAACCAAACAUUUUAUACAAGAAAAGCUUUUAUUUUCAGUUUUUUAACUACCAAAUAGGUGUGAUGUACUUUAGAAGUAAACAAAAAGAUGUUCACCCAUGAUAAUGGAUGUUAAAUCUCCUGCAGUUGUUCUUCUCAUGUUUAAAGGGUAUAUUCUCAUAGUGGAAGCAUCUAGCAUGUCAGUGAUUUCAUCUAAUUCAGAAACAAAGGGAUUAAUAUUGGUCUUUAUUUUUUGGUAUUUUAAGUUUUAUAUAAAUGGAUGCAGAUGGAGAUUAUCACCCACAAAUAUAUUUAAGUGGAUUUUUCUCAAUUUGAAUUUCAAGUAAUUUUUUUAUUUCAAGUAAUUAUGCAUUUAGUUACAUUGCCGGUUUUUUUAAGUUCUCAAUUUCAGUAAGACAAAAUAUACUAAAAUAUUUAAAUAGCUUCAUUCAAUCUUACAUUCUGACAUUUCAGCAACCAUUCUGGCUUACAGUAAUUAGGCCCCUUGUUAUGAGACAUGCCCUUUGUUAUUAAUAACUAGCAAAAAGAAAAACCUUUCAUCUUGUUAAAAUACUUUACCAAAUGAAAUAGACGAGUUAACACAUCUAAAGUCCAUAAUUAUUGGUAACUCAGUUACCUUCUAACUAAGGCUAGUUCAGGAGACUCUCCCAGUUUAUAAAUGGUUCCCUUGGGAGCCUUUGGAAGCUAUAUUAAAUAUUUCUUUAUUUCUUCUUUUAUUCUCUUAAUCUAAAUAGAGGCCAGUUACCUAUUUUAUCCAUUUUUAUCUUGAAGAUUCUCAGAUUAUGUUUUAGUCCCUUUUAGCUUUAAUAGUCCUUGAAAAAUACAUUACUGUAUAAUGUAGUGGCAAUUCUGUAACACACAGAGAAUUAUUCUUAUUACUUGAAUGAAUCCUAAAAUUUUAAUAUUUUAGCUGAAAGAAGUUUGAGAUUUGUGGAAUUGAUGAACAAAAGAAUUAGAAACUUUCAUAUGGUACUUUGUUUCACUCAUCUGCAAAGUAUGAAGUUGUAAUUCUGAAAUAUACAUCCAAGUGAAUGAGAAUUAAAAAUUUUCUGAAUAUUAAUACUAACUGGGAAAAACAGAAAACUAGUGUGAAGUUUACAGUUAGAAGAAACAGACCCAAAGUUGCCAAAAGGUAAUAAAUAAAUGUAGUUUUCACUGUAAGUUAUUGAUGUAAGAUGCUUUAUUUGUAAUAUAUUUAGAUUUUGAAAGUUAUUGAGAGAUGAAUGUAUAAAAGCUAAAUUUUCUUUUCUGAAGCAGCGAAACAAAACUGGGGUAACAAGGAAGCUCUAUGGUGGCAAACACGUCUGUGAGGAAUAUUAAGCACACUCCCACAGGCUUUAAACUCAAAUCAUGAACAUUUAAAUUAAGUCGUUCCUUAUUUUGCCUAUACCCAUUUUUACCUUUCAGUGUCGUUUUUGCUUGACAGAGUAUGGUGACAGAGUGUUUUUAUUUGGAAAGUCCUCAGCAAGAUGAAUUAGCCAAAAGCAAUAAUGGUUCAGAUUAAACAAUGAAGUGGAAUUGAUUCAGUCCCAGGCCCAACUAAGGAACAGUUGCUCUCUGGGUGUCUCAUUUUAGAUGAUCGAUAAGUUGAGAUGUUGUAAUAUUUAUGGGGGGUUAAGCCUAUGUCAAUUAUGGGAUGAAGACUGGUAGUACCACUACCAUCAGUAGUCAUACUUUUUUUUUUAACUUUUUACUAAACUAAUACUAGACAUUUCCACUCUGUCAUGAUUAUAUUUUUAUGACAGGAAAAUAAAAACAGUUCCAUGUUUUUAUAAAUAGUCUCUGCAAAGAUUUCAGAUGUUAUUGGUAUCUCGGUUUGGCAGUAUCUGAAAAAUCGAGAUUGCCUUUAAAGUGUUCAUGCUACUUUUACUUAAGUAAACCUCCACUGUAUAAGACCCAGGCCGGUUCCAACUAAUACCAAGGUUUCUAUGCGCAUAAUAGUUUACAAAGAACUUAAAGACUAUGGAUUAAAAACAAAAAUUUUUUUAACUUUAAAAUUUUUAAUUUUUGUUCAAAGUAUCUGGUUUAUAAAGUCAAAUUCUUUUAUUAUUUCCUUUCUCUUUUAAGUUGACUGAUUUUGCUGAUUAAGCGUAAAGUCCUGGGCACAGUUGUGAUGACGUACUGAUAAAAUGGGUGCCUAGUGGGUUGAGGAGCUCCAGUGUCAAGACUUUUAUUAAAUUGCCCUUGUUUUCCCAAAUGCCAAUCUAGCCGUAUUUAGAUUUCAUUAUUCAAUAAAACAGAUUAAAAAUCAUCCCAUAAAUGAAUGUUGAGGUUACCAAAGUACAUCACCUGCUGAGGAAGGAGAAAUCUUCCUGCUUUAAGGGAGCCCUGUCGUCUCUCCUUUACACGUUGUUUCCGUUGGUAUUAGUGGAAGCUUUGUUCAAGAUGGGAAGCCUUUCCUGCAGUUCUUAGAAACACCUGCUUUCUAAAGAGAGCCUUUUCUAGGAUUAGGUUACGUGUGUUUUCUCUAGGAGAUUUUUUAUUUCAGUUACCAAUUUAAUUUUCAAGUUGACAGAUGCUAUGUGAAGUCUCUCAUACUGAGAGUAGUCCAUUAAAGUUUUGAAAGUUGCACUGCUUUUCAUCUUUCAGGUACCUGAAAUGAAUGACAUCAGGUGUUUGGAAGGAGUAAGAUCAUAAACUUUAUUCAUUUUCUUCCUUGUACAAAGUGAUGACUUCUAAUGCUUAUAUCUCAAGGUAUUUUUUAAAAAAGCAACAGUCCCUAAUAGAGUAAAAUUUGGUUUUGGUCCAAGUUCCCAAUAAUAUAUUUAAUGUUUCUGUUGUUACUGGUGCCUCCUGUUGCAUCAGAUAGAGACUGCCUGCCUCUUUGUGGGGCACCCUUGUGGCACCUUAUGUCCAACUUGGAGGAUAGUAUAUGGCUUCUUUGUGCCUCUACUAUCUUUUCAAAAGCCAUUUUAUAAAAAUCUUAGGUAGCCUAUUUUAAUAUUUAAAUAUAUAUAUUUGUGAAAGAACUUUUACAACAGACUUUUUUUUUUACUUUAAAAUUCCUGUAUUUCCAUUUUUAAGAGUAAAUUUAAUCUCCAGGAUAUAGAAGUGUCUUUUUUCCAGAGAAGCAUAAUGAGAAAGUCAGAUUGAGGUAAUAGACCAGAAUUAAGUGAUAGAAGAAGCUGUUGUUUGGUUAAAGGACACAGGUUUGAAGGGAAAAAAUUUUGAUGUAACAAAUUUUUAAAUAAAAUGUUGUUUUUGUUCUGUAAUUUCAUAUUUGCUGCUACAGUAGCUCAAUAUUUUACAGGGCUAACAUAAAUCUGGCUCCAUUUAAAAACUGGAGUACUUCCUAGUGCAGCCAGCCUAGGCAGAAACUGUACACAUGGUCUUCCAGCUGGGUGACUGAUGGCUUUGUGUAGCUGAUGCAUGCUUUAAUAUUUGCCUAUAGCCCUGCAGCAAGGAAGUCGAGGUGGGGGUACUUUUUUACCCUGCCAGUUAUAGCAUUAUGAUUCUUUCUGGGCACUGGCAUUUUGUGAAACUCUCAAGGGAAGGUGAUGCAGGGGAGAAAAUGUGAAUUAAAUUACAUAGAUGGGUGUUUUUAUGUCUUCUACCCCUUUCCUAGAAUUAGUACAACUCUUAACUGUGCCAGUCCCCAGUUCACCAGCUUUGUAUCCAGUCGUCAUCUCAUUCAAGUAUGGCUUUACUUGGUGACACUGGCCAUAGCUAAAUUACUUGGCAUGUUUGACUUUUGACAAUAACAGAAAUUGUUUUGGAUUUUGUUUUAUUUCCAAAAAAUGUAUACAAUGUCAGAACUUCACAUUUUAUAUACUAGUAUCUGGCUAUUAGUAUUUUACAGAAACCAUAGUUCUUGGUGACUACACACAUAUAUAUAUAUAUAUAUAUAUAUAUUUUUGUGACCUUUUUUGUAAACUAAGUGCCGUUUCAACGUUACAAUCAUUUUUAGAGUUAUUGUAAUCAAUGUGAAUAUCAUGUUUUUUCAAAUCUGUUCUGAGCCUAUAGUGUUUGCUUUGUGAACAUAAGUGUAUUGUAUAUAUUCUGUAUAGUUAUAUUGUACUGAAAUUAGCUUGUUUGAUAUAAGGAAAAUAUGUAUUGAGUACCUUUUUGCUAGCCUGAUUGUUUAAUCUUUUUAAAAAAGGUUUAAACUUUUUUUAAAAAAAAAAAAAUUCCUUAAACUGGCCUUUAUUACAUGGUCACACAUAAAGUUGCAGUUAGGAAAGGGAUGGGCAGGGAAAAACUAGUUUUGAGUGUCUUUAGAUAGAAACAUGAGACUAAGGUUUGGUUUUGUUUUCGUUUUCUCAUUAAAAUAUCUUAUGCUUUAUGGAAUAAAA